CCCUGUGUAGGCAGGGUGAGCAGAACAGUGGACAGUACAGACAUGCAUCUUGCAAGCGGCUCUCAUUGAAAACUAAUAAAGCAGAUGUCAGCGCAGCCUCGCAGGACCAUGGGAGGUUGCGCAGGUGAGCCGACGUGAAACGCAACGCUCCGCACAUGGAACUGUAUUGUUCGACCUAACCCGCACUGUGACAGUUUGAGGACAAGAGACAUGUCAGGAGACACAAUGACAGCAGUCCGCGGAGCCCACUCAAACAAUGCGAGCCCUGCGACUCCAAAGGAGAACGGACACAGCGUCCAGCAUGCGUCCAACUUUCCCCAUACCUCUCCGGGGAGCGCACUCGACGACACCCCGGUGUAUUCCAGCAGCGAGCUCACCCACACAUGGGUCCACUUCGUAAAGACUUUUGUCAUAAUUUUCCCAAUUUACGCCCUGGGGUAUUUUGAAUUCAGUUUCAGCUGGCUGCUGAUUGGACUUUUUAUCUUUUUCUGCUGGAGGAGAAACGCAGGAGGGAAGCUCAGCCGGCUGAGCCGAGCUCUUGCUUUCUUUGACCAAGAGGAGCGAUGUGCCAAACAUAGCCUAACCAGCUCUGAUUUACCACCAUGGGUCCAUUUCCCAGAUGUAGAGCGGGUGGAGUGGUUAAACAAGACUGUCAUGCAGAUGUGGCCGUACAUCUGUCAGUUUGUGGAAAAACUGUUCCGCGAGAUGAUUGAGCCGGCGGUGAAGGAGUACCACGUCCAUCUCAGCACCUUCUGCUUCAGUAAGAUCGACAUAGGAAACAAACCGCUCAGGAUCAAUGGAGUCAAGGUUUAUACAGAAAAUGUGGAUCGGAGGCAGAUCAUCAUGGACCUGCAGAUCAGCUUCGUUGGGAACACUGAGAUUGAUGUGGACAUCAAACGCUACUACUGCAAAGCUGGGAUCAAGAGCAUUCAGAUCCACGGUGUGAUGAGAGUGGUGAUGGAACCCUUGCUGGGGGACGUGCCUCUAGUUGGAGGACUGUCCCUGUUUUUCCUCAAGAAGCCACUUCUAGACAUAAACUGGACAGGCCUCUCAAAUAUCCUGGACAUUCCUGGGCUCAACGGCUUCUCUAACAAUCUGAUUCAAGACAUAAUCUACAGUUAUUUGGUUUUACCCAACCGAAUCACUAUCCCUCUGGUUGGUGUGGAGGACCUGGCCAAGCUACGAUUUCCAAUGCCUAAGGGAGUGCUAAGAAUUCACUUCCUCGAGGCUCAAGAUCUGGAAGGCAAGGAUCAAUUUCUCGGAGGACUCAUCAAGGGAAAGUCGGACCCUUAUGGCAUCCUGCAUGUCAGCAACCAAAUGUUUCAGAGCAAGACGAUUAAGGAGAGCCUCCAUCCCAAGUGGAAUGAGGUUUAUGAGGCUCUUGUGUACGAACCUUCUGGUCAGCAUCUGGAGAUUGAGCUGUUUGAUGAAGAUCCGGACAAAGAUGAUUUCCUUGGAAGCCUCCUGAUUGACUUGACCAAGGUGUACAAUGAACAGAAGGUUGAUGAGUGGUUUGAACUGGAAGAAACACCUACAGGGAAACUCCACUUAAAAUUGGAAUGGCUGUCUCUAUUCUCCACCCCAGAGAAGCUGGACCAGGUUUUAAGAUGUGUGCGCGCAGAUAGAAGCCCAGCAAAAGAUGGACUCUCGUCAGCACUAUUAGUGGUCUUUCUGGACUCGGCGAAGAAUUUGCCAGGUGUCUUCACAGGCAGCUUAGGCUGUGGAAACUUGAGUGAGAGAAGAGCUUCUGGCUUAAUCUUUUGUGAGAGCGAUACUUCUGAGUGUAGUGCAAAUUUUUCAGCCAAGAAGAACAGCAGUGAACCCAGCCCUUAUGUCCACUUCACAGUUGGGCACAAAACCCUUGAGAGUAAGGUCCGUUACAAGACCAGGGAGCCUCUGUGGGAGGAUUCCUUCUCUUUCCUUGUUCACAAUCCGACAAGGCAGGAGCUUGAAGUGGAGAUAAAGGAUGAUAAGCAUAAAUGCACACUGGGUAUCUUACGAGUGCCUUUGAGUGACCUGCUGUCGGAGGAGGACAUGACGCUGGCUCAGUGCUUUCCUCUGAAGAACUCUGGGCCCAGCUCCACCAUCAAACUAAAGAUGACUUUAAGGAUACUUUCACUGGAGAAGCAGUUCUCUUCAGACCUGCCCUCUGCGGUCCAGGUCAGGAAGUCCAGUGUUCCCCAUACAGCCCCGGCCCCCUCAUUGAGUCAGUCCGCUUCAGAGUCCCAGCUGCUUUCUGCCACACCUUCAAAGCCAGUACGCGCCUCCACUCUCACCCUCCAGGACCCCGACGGCGAGCCGUACUCCGCCAGCCCUCGCCGCAGCACACCCAACCUGAGCACCAGUAUGUCUAGUUCCCAGAAGUACCUGCCUCACAAGGAGUCCACCCCCAGCCUGGCGUCAGACAUCUCUCUGCCCAUCGCCACCCUGGAGCUUCAGCAAAGACUUCAUCAGCUGCAGAAUGGCUCGGCCUCCAGUCAGUACCCGCUGGGUAAGAUCCAGCUCACUGUUCGGCACAGCUCCCAGAGGAACAAACUUGUUGUGGUGGUGCACUCUUGCCAAAACCUGAUAGCCUUCACCAAAGAUGGCUCAGAUCCCUUCAUACGGCUGUACUUGCUGCCUGACAAGAGCCGGUCGGGAAGGCGGAAGACGAGCACGAUGAAGAAGUCUCUUAACCCGGUUUAUGAUCAAACGUUUGAGUUCAAUGUUUCCACGGUGGAGCUGCACAGGAGAACUCUGGAUGUAGCGGUAAAGAAUGGAAGGAGCAUCCUGUCCAAACACAAAGGCCUUUUGGGAAAGGUGCUGGUAGAUUUAAGUGGAGACGAUAUAUCAAAAGGAUUCACUCAGUGGUAUAAUUUAACGGAAGAUGGUUCAUCAUCUCAAGAAUUGAGAAGAAGUCAGGAAUCCCUCAUCACACAGUGAAACCUUUCUGUACUCUAAAACAGUUAUUUUGUUUUUCAGACUGUUUAUGUUUUUCAUGAAAUUUAAAAGAAUUUGGGCAUCUAAGAGAUUUUCUUUUUUGAGAAAAACGGCUAAAGACAUACUAUAAAGUAGUAAAAAAUGCAAACUGUCUUGUUUUUGUUUGCCGAGUUUUAUGUAAAUAUCAACAUUGUGCAUAUUUAUAUAAUAAAAAUAAUAAUUUGCAGACUUUUUCAUGGAAUUAUGUUUCCUUAAUGGACGUUUUGUCGAAAUAUGUCCAAAUUCCUAGAAAUUUAUGUGACAUUUAUGCAAAAAUGAGACAAAAUCUGUUUUGCUGUUUGUGAAAAUGAACCAAAGGAACAGAUACAAUCCCACGCAUUGGCCUCAUAAGUAGCACUCCUUUUCUUUUAUUUAGUUUAGUUUUGUUUUUAUUUUUUGUUAUGCAGUGUUAUUGAUUGUUUAUGUCCUAUUGUUCUUUAUGCCUGUUAAAAAAAAUACAUGUGAUGCAUGUAUGCAAAUUGUAUUUAUUUUUGGAGAUUUGUACAAUAUUUGUGAUUUUGAAUUUUAUCUGAGAUGCUGAAGAAAGUGGCAUUUAGGGCUAUGAACAAGUGCUGCAAACUACAUAGGUAUAUAAAAGAGGAAACUUGAAUAAGGGUUUGAAGAGUUUCAAACCAAAUGUGAGUAAUGUAAACAAAGGAAGAUAACUUUUUCUGAUCAGGUUGCUGCAACAUGUUGAGACGAUGCAUCUUUGGCUAUGUGCUUGUAAAUGUUUUGCCUUGCAAUUUUAACUGUUUGUUGCAACUUUUCAACACAUUUCUUCUGAUCUAUCUUGUGCCUUAAAAACCUGCGAUGUGAGUUUUUUUUCUCCUAAAAUAUUAACAUUUUCAAAUUACCUGAUGCCUACUGGCUUUGAAUAAAUAAAUAUGUUCUUUUGGAAAAGUCUGUUUAUUUUUUAUUAUUGUAAUAAAUACUAUAUUACUUGUAUUAAAACAACAGCAAUGUUUUUGUUUGAUUGGGUUUGCACAACCUCUUUAGAUAAGUUGAACAGGUUUUAUGCUCUUUUUUCUUCAGCUCACCUUGCAGGUUUUAUAUAGGAUUGCAGUCGGAGUGAGCUGUGAAAGAAGGUUCAUUUUGCCCCCAGUGAACCAUUUCUGUGUUGAUUUUGCCUUGUUUUAAAUGACUGUCCUGCUGAAAACUUUUCUAACAAACAGUCCAAUAAAAAUGUUUAAAAACAUGA